AUGGUACUUGAAAUUCUCUCAAGUUUUGAAAGGUUUUGGUCUGCAACAGUCUGCAUCAGACCACUCUUUCUUUUUAAGCAUGAUCACACUGGUUUCUUUGGGAUAGUUGUGUAUGUUGAUGACAUUCUAGUGGCCACAACUGAUCCAGCAAUAACAGAGAACUUCAAGGACUUUCUAUCUCAACACUUCAAGUUUAAAGAUUUGGGAGUUCCUAAAUAUUUUAUAGGAGUUGAGAUAGCUAGAAAUAAGAAGGGAAUACUGAUUUCUCAGAGAAAAUAUGUCAUGGAUUUGUUGAGGGAUACUGGAAUGCUGGGAUAUAAACCCUCUGCAGUUCCUAUGGAUCCUCUAAAGAAACUAAGAGCAGAUUCAGGGAAGCCUAUAGAGGAUACAUCAAAAUAUAGAAGGCUGAUUGGCAGGCUGCUGUACCUAUGCAUCACCAGACCUGAUGUAACCUUUGCUGUGCAUAAAUUAAGCCAAUAUGUGGCUAGCCCUACUGAUGAACAUUGGGAAGCUGCAGAAAAGAUCCUAAGAUACUUGAAGAGAUCUCCCGGCCACGGCUUAUUCUAUUCCAGCAGCAGCAAAUUGAAUCUCAGUAUAUUCACUGAUGCAGAUUGGGCAUCAUGCCAAGACACAAGAAAAUCGAUGACUGGCUACUGUCUAUAUCUUGGAAGUUCUUUGAUUUCUUGGAAAGCCAAGAAGCAGAAUAUUGUCUCUAGAUCUUCGGCAGAAGCUGAAUAUAGAGCAAUGGCACAAGGCACUUGUGAAGUGGUCUGGGCAGUAGCACUCUUGGCUGAUUUUGGAGUUAAAAUUGAAAAGGCUGUUCCUUUGUAUUGUGAUAAUCAAUCAGCCAUUCAUAUAUGCUCUAACCCGGUGUUUCAUGAAAGAACUAAACACAUCGAGAUAGAUUGCCACACUGUGAGAGAAAAGUACUUGGAAGGGGUGAUUAAACCUUUACACAUCAGAAACAAUCUGCAGGUUGCUGACAUUUUUACUAAACUGUUGGGUCCAAUGUCUUUCCAUUCCAUAUUAAGCAAGAUGAAUUUUGAAAGCCUCUACAAUCCAUCUUGA